AUGAAUCCAACAAUGACACCACCACUCUCAAUGUCUUCACGUAAAAGAUCCUCCUCCAUUUCAUCAAUUGAAUCUUUUGAUUCUGACUUCUUCGAUCAAACUUAUGUACCACUUUCGAAUUUACCAACCCCACCUCUAUCAUCCCAUUCAUACGAUACCACGGCAGCACAAUCACCCAUAUCCCUUUUUAGUCCAGAUGAGAUCCUUGACUCCGAAUUCUUAGGACCAGCAAUCCAUCUUACAAAUCUAAUACCUUCCUCAACUUCUCUAACCGACCCUUCAACUCAGCUCGUACAUGCACUACUCAGUCGAGCUGAUCUUCCGAUUGAGAUCCUCGCCCUCGCAGUUUGUAUCCUUGAUUCUCUUAACUCCCGCUUCGCACGAUCAUGGCGCCUUUCAUAUCCUCUCGAAUCAUCGGAAGAUCAAUUACUCGAACAAUAUGAUUUUCCCUGUCUACAAGCUUCCGAAGAACAACAUAUUGAUAGUACACAUCCCGAAGUAAUAAUACUGGCAGCACUGAUCCUCGCGACAAAAUUCAUAGAUGAUCAACAAGGUACCACAUCAUACUAUGCGCAGAAAUGGGCCAAGGGAUUAUGGAGCUGUGAUCAAAUAAAUUUCACUCAAAGGUCUAUCAUGGAGAAUCUUGGCUACAGAUUAUUACCACUCUGGUCUCACGAUAUUAUAGAAGGAGCUAAAAAUGAUAUGUCGAGAGCUGCGAAGAGACAAUCGUCGGCGUCUUAUUGUAUGCAGGAUUGGUCAAUGUCUAUGGCGAAUUGUGGGAUUGGUGGUAGACCGAUGAGUUCUGGGAAAGCAUGUAUAGGAAUUGAUAGGGAAAAUACACCACAGCCUACGCCAGUUGAAACACCCAUGACUGAGAAUUUGGGAAUGGGAAACGAGAGACCGCUGGGCGGUACUUCGAUGUUGAGUCGAGAGACGAAGAGAGCUUUUGGUGGAUUGAUACUUGGAGAGGAAUAUGAGGAUGUGGAUAUGGAUAUAGAGAGAUUUCCAUCAUAUGUGGAUCCUUUGAUCGGUCAUGAGAAUAUGAAUUUUGUUUGA